AUGUUCGCCAGACGCUGCUCAAGACUUGUGGCCUCGCAGACUGCCCGGCCUCUGCAAUCGUACAUCUCCCGCUUCUACGCUACUGGAUCCCCAGCUUAUGAGUAUAUCUUGACAUCUACUCCUAAGCCUGGAGUCGGAUUAAUCACCCUUAACCGUCCAAAGGCCCUCAAUGCCUUAUGCAGCCCUCUCUUCAAGGAGCUCAACGAGGCUCUCACCAAGUAUGACGAGGAUAAGAGUGUCGGGGCUAUAAUCAUCACCGGUAGUGAGAAGGCAUUCGCAGCCGGUGCCGAUAUCAAGGAAAUGGCCCCUCUAACCUUCUCCUCCGCUUACAGUGACAACUUCAUUGCUUCCUGGUCACAUCUUGCCAACAAUAUCAGAACACCAGUCAUCGCUGCCGUCUCCGGAUAUGCUCUUGGAGGUGGGUGCGAGCUCGCUAUGAUGUGUGAUAUGAUCUACUGCACCGAUAAGGCCACCUUUGGCCAGCCAGAGAUCAAGCUUGGCACCAUUCCUGGAGCCGGUGGUUCCCAGCGUCUGACCAAGCUUGUCGGCAAGAGCAAGGCAAUGGAACUCAUUUUGACAGGAAACACCUUCAGCGGUAAGGAGGCUGGAGAAUGGGGAGUGGCCGCAAAGGUCGUUGAGGGUGGUAAGGAUGAGCUGAUGGAGGCUACACUUGAGACAGCUAGCAAGAUCGCUAGCUAUAGCCGUGUAGCCGUUGUUGCGGCUAAGGAGGUAGUGAACAAGAGCCAGGAGCUCUCGUUGAGAGAAGGUGUUGAUUUCGAAAGAAGAUUGUUCCAUGGGCUAUUUGGAAGCAAGGACCAGAAGAUUGGGAUGGCUGCUUUUGCUGAGAAGAAGAAGCCCGAGUGGUCGCACGAGUAA